AUGGAGAGCAGGCUCUGUGGCGAGUUUGACUGCGUCAUGGUCUCCAUCGACGUCAAAUUUCGAGGCCGCCCCGGGACUCACAUGUUGGAGCUCAUUAUCAGUGGCGACACCCCAGUGACUUGGGGCCGAGAGGUUUGGGGGAGGUCAAAAGAGACGGGAAUAUGCCGGAUGUGGAGAUCGGGAAACUAUCGAUAUGCCUACGCUGAACGGAACGGCGUACGGCUUAUCGAGCUGGUGGGAGAGUUUCGCGAUGACCUCCCCGCCCGCAAACGAGAGGCGACUGCCUAUGAAAUCAAGGCUUAUCCUCACUCCAUGGGAAAGGGACUUCAGUGGGAGCCUAGAGUGAACAUUCUGACCGUCGUUGAGGACGACACCCGGCGAUCUGUUGGAAAAGGCCGAUUGGCAGUUCGAGGCACGUCUUCGGAUCCUCUCCACAGCAUGCCGAUCUUGUCUAUCGGUGAUAUGGAAUAUGUCUCCGGAAAGGCUGAAUACAUGGUCGUAGAGGAGCAUGAACUGGGUUGCGGUCAAGCUUACCUUCCAUACUUGGUGGGUCGACACUACGACGACCUCCGCGACUUCCGGGUGGGUGCAGAAUGGAAGAAGUUGGAGUUUGAGAAGAGACAGGCACAAGAGGGCAGCGCCCGAGAAUUCACCACCCCUUCAAUGUAA